CUAUAACCUCACCUCCCUACACCAAUUCUAAAUUCCUCCUUCUCCACCUCCCUCUCCCCCAUGGUUUCACUCUUCCCAUCAUGCCCAAUUUCCACUUCUCCCGCCCAAGGUGGAUUGGACUGCUUCGCGGCAAUAAUCGACAGACUGACACCGGCGAUGUUAACGGCGCCGCUGACAUUAACGUCGACGACAACACAAUCUCUAACUCCGUAGAAUGUUACGCUUGCACCCAAGUUGGCGUUCCUGUCUUUCACUCCACAAGCUGUGACAACGCUCACCAACCCGAAUGGGUUGCUUCAGCCGGUUCAUCUCUCGUCCCUAUUCAAAACCGACCCGCUUCCAAGAAAACAUCGUCUAUCCGCCGUCAUCUUCCCACCGGCCCGUUCGGACCCGUACUCGACCCCAGAACGAAGCGCGUGCAGACAUGGAACCGCGCGUUUCUUCUUGCACGUGGCUUGGCGUUAGCCAUUGAUCCGUUGUUUUUUUACUCGUUAUCCAUUGGGAGAAACGGCGCUCCGUGUCUGUACAUGGACGGCGGAUUGGCGGCGGUCGUUACGGUUCUUCGCACGUGUGUGGAUGCUAUACAUUUGUGUCACUUAUGGCUGCAGUUCAGAUUAGCGUAUGUGUCCAGAGAGUCUUUGGUUGUCGGAUGCGGGAAACUCGUGUGGGACACACGUGCGAUAGCAUUACACUAUGUUCGAUCCAUGAAAGGUUUCUGGUUCGAUGCCUUUGUCAUACUUCCAGUUCCUCAGGCUGUGUUCUGGUUAAUUCUUCCCAAAUUAAUCAGAGAAGAGAAGAUUAAGUUGAUAAUGACAAUACUUCUGUUAAUGUUCUUGUUCCAGUUCCUCCCUAAAGUAUACCACUCCCUAUAUUUGAUGAGAAAAAUGCAGAAAGUUACAGGUUAUAUCUUUGGCACUAUUUGGUGGGGUUUUGCCCUUAAUCUCAUUGCCUACUUCAUUGCUUCUCAUGUUGCUGGAGGAUGUUGGUAUGUUCUUGCAAUUCAGCGCGUUGCGUCGUGUCUGAGACAACAGUGUCAAAGAAAACCAAACUGUGACCUGUUUUUAUCAUGUUCAGAAGAAAUCUGUUAUCAGUUCAGCACAAUUGGAGGUUCAUGUAAUAGUAACUCAACUGCACCUCUCAGAAAGCCAAUGUGCUUGGAUAUUGCAGGGCCAUUUAAGUAUGGUAUUUAUAAGACUGCUCUUCCUGUCAUUUCUAGCAAUUCUCUAGCUGUCAAGAUUCUUUAUCCCAUUUUCUGGGGUUUAAUGACCCUCAGCACCUUUGGCAAUGAUCUUGAACCAACAAGUAACUGGCUUGAAGUGAUUUUCAGCAUAUGCAUAGUUCUUAGUGGUUUACUUCUCUUCACAUUGUUGAUUGGUAACAUUCAGGUGUUUCUGCACGCUGUGAUGGCGAAAAAGAGGAAAAUGCAGCUGAGAUGUCGUGAUAUGGAAUGGUGGAUGAGACGGAGACAGUUACCUUCUCGUUUAAGGCAAAGAGUUCGCCAUUUCGAACGCCAUAGUUGGGCUAAGCUGGGAGGAGAAGACGGAAUGGACUUAAUCAAGGACUUACCUGAAGGACUCCGUCGAGAUAUCAAGCGUUACCUUUGCCUUGACCUUAUCAAGCAGGUGCCUCUAUUUCACAAUUUGGAUGAUCUUAUCCUCGACAAUAUCUGCGAUCGAGUUAAGCCUCUCGUCUUCUCUAAAGAUGAAAAGAUAAUUAGAGAAGGGGAUCCUGUGCAAAGGAUGAUAUUCAUCGUUCGUGGGCGAAUUAAACGAAACCAAAGCCUUAGCAAAGGAAUGGUAGCAACAAGUGUGCUAGAACCAGGCGGAUUUCUAGGCGACGAACUACUAUCAUGGUGCCUCCGCCGUCCAUUCAUAGACAGACUUCCAGCUUCAUCUGCUACAUUUGUAUGCUUGGAAUCCAUAGAAGCAUUUGGUCUCGAUAAGCACCAUCUCCGUUACAUAACGGAUCAUUUCCGCUACAAAUUCGCCAAUGAAAGGCUUAAGAGAACCGCGAGAUACUACUCAUCGAAUUGGAGAACAUGGGCUGCAGUCAAUAUACAAUUCGCUUGGCGUCGUUACAGGAUAAGGACUCGAGGUCCAGUGAUUCCUGCAACAACAGAAAUUAUAGGCACAGACCGCCGUCUGCUGCAAUAUGCUGCGAUGUUCAUGUCAAUCAGGCCACAUGACCACCUUGAAUGAUUGAUCAUUUAUUUAUCAAUUCUUCUAUUGUUUUGGUAAUUGGUCUUUUUCUCAUUCUUUUUUCAACAAUUUGAGCAUUGUAAGAAAAAAAUCUCCAUUCUUGAGAAGGGAAUAAAAGUUUAUUCUGUUUGAUUA